AUGGCGUUGGUAUCAUAUUCGGAUUCUGAAGGCUCAGAUUUGGAAUCUACUCCCACUACUCAAGCUCCAGGAGAGAAGAUAUCUACCCUCCCCGCAUCAUCCACGAGUACCACUACCAAACAAACCUUCCAACCUCUCAUUGACCGAAAAAACCCACGCAAAAUCCUUGUGAGCCUGCCCGAUGUGCAGGGAGAUAGCAAUACUUAUGAUGAUGGCGAUGGUCCUGCAAGGAAACGCCCCAGAAUAGGUGCCCAAGGCGGUGGCGGUGCGUUUUCGGGAUUCAACUCUUUGCUCCCCGCGCCCAAGCGGAAGGGGCCUGUUAUUCAAACUGGAACAGAUAAGAAAGGGGAUGGGGUAGCAGCGGCACAUGCACGUAGGAUUUCCAGUUUGAAGACGGGCGCAGAGCCAGGGUUUGAUAGGCAGGCUGAUGCGCAAAUGAGGUGGGAUCUUAAUAAUAAUGCUAACUCUGGGACAAAGGAGGGAGGUAGAGAAGGUACGAGCACAGGCAGCGGUAGCGGUGGUGCUUCUGGCGACGGGAUAACUGGCGCUUUUGGGGAGAAAGUAGAAGAGAAGCUGGCUGUUAAAUCCAAGGGAAAUGCGAUGAUGUUCAAACCGCUCUCAGUGGCUAGGGGCACCACGAAGAAAAAAGUGAAGACCACUGUGGCAUCGCCCUCUCAAGCUAUAUCGGGGGGAGGAAAGCCUGCUUCAGUUGUUGAGUCUGCUGUCACAAAGCAGCAGACUAAAGUGUGCGAUCCCAUUGCUAAGCCAGCUCAGAAACCAAAAGUUAGCCUUUUUGGACUUGGUAAAGAAGAACAACCAGCACCUAUUCCACAGGUUUCCUCUUCUAGCUAUGAACCUUUGGUAUACAACGCGCCAGCAGGAUCUCAACCCCCAAUAACAACAUCAAUGGCAUCUUCAGGAUCCCAACCGUUCGAUCCACCUGCGUCUAACCAACAACAACAGCAGCGGCAACAAACCCUCGCCAGCAUAGCUGAUGAUCUAAACCUCUCUCGCGCCGAAAAGCGCCAACUGCUCGGUCGCCAAGGCGCCUCUUCAUCUAAUUCCACCGGUGCAGGACAUUCCAACCACAACAUCAUCACAUUCAACACAGACCAGGAGUACUCCUCAAAUGCUGCAUAUCUCCUGUCAGCAUCAGAAGUUGAGCUGGCCGCCCAGCAACAUAAUCCCGUCCGUGCGAUUGCUCCGGGUAAGCACAGUUUGCAGCAGCUGGUUAAUGCGGUUAGUAGUCAGCGCGAGGCGCUGGAGGAGAGCUUUGCGACAGGGAAAAGGAAUAAGAAGGAAGCCGGAAGUAAGUAUGGAUGGUAA